GGUUCGCGCAGGCGCCCACGAAAGUAGACAGCAGGAAGCGGAAGUCCCGCCUCCCACUCUUCCUUUCGUCAGGCGUACUGAGGACCGCCGAGACUCGAGAACGCACCUACCGCCAUGAGCCUCCUCAACAAGCCCAAGAGUGAGAUGACCCCGGAGGAGCUGCAGAAGCGAGAGGAGGAGGAGUUUAAUACAGGUCCCCUCUCUGUGCUCACGCAGUCGGUCAAGAACAACACUCAAGUGCUCAUCAACUGCCGCAACAACAAGAAGCUCCUGGGCCGCGUGAAGGCCUUUGACAGGCACUGCAACAUGGUGCUGGAGAACGUGAAGGAGAUGUGGACCGAGGUCCCCAAGAGCGGCAAGGGCAAGAAGAAGUCCAAGCCGGUCAACAAGGACCGCUACAUCUCCAAGAUGUUCCUGCGCGGGGACUCGGUCAUCGUGGUCCUGCGGAACCCACUCAUCGCUGGCAAGUAGGGGCCGCCCCCCACCGCCAGAGCCGCCCACUCCUGUCCUGCCAAGACCUGCCCUCGUGUUGGAAAUAAUAAUAAAGUCCCUGUGUUUUUUA